AUGUCUGAAACACUCCCGCUGCUGCGUCCUGACGCACGGCACACUUUUGGCACACACGUUAUGGAGUUUUUGGAGGAGAAGUUCCCGCUGAAGAGCUCCGGACUGAAGACCGGGACAGACUUCUACCUGGAGCCCGUGCUGCAGAGCCUCGAGGGCGGACACUUUUUCAGCAAGACCUCGUUGAAGUGUUCCCAGGGCUUCGGACUGAGCGAGAGGGACGAGCCGUGCAUUGAACAUAACGCGUCGUACGUCGUGGCCAAACCGGAGGCGGAUUCGGUGCACGCGGACCUGGGCGCGUGCUCCCCGGUGUCCAGUGAGCACCACCGAACGCGCGCGGACACGGAGCACGCGGACACGGAGAAGUGCGACAGUCACGUGACAAGCAGUAAAAAGCGACGUCACCGCACCACGUUUAGUAGCGCGCAGCUGGACGAGCUCGAGAAGGUUUUCCAGAAGACGCACUAUCCUGACGUGUACGUGCGCGAGCAGCUGGCCACGCGCACCGAGCUCACGGAGGCCCGAGUACAGGUUUGGUUUCAGAACCGCAGAGCCAAAUGGAGGAAGAGAGAGAGAUACGGACAACUGCACAACAAACCACACUAUCCGCCCUCGUAUGACCUGCUGCCCCGAGCCGACACCUACUCACAGAUCCCCAACAGCCUGUGGUCAUCCCCCUCAGUGGCGCCCCCCUCUGUCUCCUCCUGUGUACUGCCGCGCGCCUCUCCUCCCUGUGUCUCCUCCUCGGACCACGGCUACCUCCACUUCACCCAGCAAAACCAGUUCAACGUCUUUAACCCGGAUGCCCUGCUCACCUCCACCCAGCCCCCCCACCCUCCACACGGCACCCACGUCACCCACAGCACCCACAGCACCCACGGGACCCACGUGUUUGAGACCAAGCCCGAGUUGGAGAGGAGAUCUUCGAGUAUUGCUGUUCUGAGAAUGAAAGCCAAAGAGCACGCAGCAAACAUCUCCUGGACCAUGUGA